AUGGCCGAUCCUCCACCACCACCACCACCGUCAAACAAGUCAUAUCUGACAGCUCCAGCUCUUCCGAGUACCGAAGUCUUCUACCACGCCUAUCUUCCCUCGGAUCACUGGGACUUGGUGGUCUUCAGAAAUGGCGAACCGUGUUGUAAUAACGAGGACAUCAGAUUCAAUUACUACGGUGGAUGGGCCUCAUUGUUUGCUCAAGUUGACAAGUUUCGCAGCUUUCCCGGAAGCCUGAAUCAGUAUCGAGCCGAAUUGUCCACUAUUUAUCCAUGGGUCAUGCCAAAAAUCUACAACAGUUUGAAAGGAGGUCACUCGUACAUCUACAAACACGACAUUCUCCUACUAAUGCAAUACAAUCUGAUGGACGGCCAUCUUCAGGCGAAUGAGAAGAAUUUUCCGAUUAUGGCAAUCACUGCGAUUUACAUGAGAACCAAAGAAGAGGCACUGAAUGACAAAUGCGAGUUGGUUCGUUAUGAUAAGGAGAAGUUUGAGGAGCUCAAAAAUCGGCUGGAAUCAAAAACGAGUAACAUGACUCAACACAAUCGUAAGCACAGAUUGAUCAAAAAGACGUUGGAUGAAGUUUUUGAAAAAGUUAAAAAGCUAUUGCCAGUGAACAGUCAUGAUCCGGAAUUCACAGGACUCCGCAAGCAUCUUCAAAAGUUCCAUCAGCAAACUCCAGUGUCACAGAAUGUCAAAUAUUUUGAGAAUCUUGUCAAUGUGAUAGACAUUAUUUUGACGGAUUUCGAUGCGUUUAUUGAUGCCAACCCAUCUUUGUUCCGUAAUGGAAAUGAUGAUAAGGAGACGCUAGUGGUUCGAUUAUUUGAUGAAGUUAAGUGUAAGCAUGUCUUUGGCUACGAGCUUAUGGAAGAGUUGCAACGAUGCGGAUGUAAUACUGUGAAACUUGAAGAGGCGAUUCAGGCAAAGGAUCCAACAUAUAGUCUGUUGUUCCAAGAUGUGUUCAAGUUGCUCGAUGGGAAUCCGAAUAUUCAUUUCAUCGCCAUUCCACUCCCACGAACUCGAAAACGGGCCGUCUGGGUUCCAGCCAUAGACGGGCACUACUGUAUUUCGGCUCGUGAUCUUGUCUUUGAAUUUGUCGCCUGGACAGUUGUCAAAGGAUUAUUCCAAGGAGCAUCCGAUGAGCAGAGAGACAAUUUGAUGGGGAUCCUCAAAGGUCUUCGGUACCUUCUGGAUGGCUACAAUAACGGCUAUCGAAUGGUGCUGGAAGCGGAUGUCAAGCGAAUUCGGAAGCAAAUUGUGGACAAGUGCAAAGCGCAUGGAAUUGCUCAGCCGGAGCAUUUCAAGGAUAUUCGAAGAGUGAUCUAUUGUGACACCACUGAAGACGGUCUGAAGGCUGAAUUGAAAUAUCUUGGAGUGGAUAAAGUGUUUCCGGAGAUUCUAGAACUUGCUGACGAUGUUUACACAAAACCCGAACUGAAGGCACUACGAGAAACUGAUCCUUACCAAACUGUAGAAAAUUGUCAAAUUCAGUGUAUUAUUAAUCGCGCCGGGUUCACCGAAUUCUUUGUCCACAGCACGACCUGGUUCGUUCGUUGA